ACGACGUCCUAUAAAUAGUGACCAGCUGAAUAUGCGAGCAUAAACUUCCGAAAUCUUUCAUAUCCGCAGCAAGUAUUACUAACAUACUAACACAAACCUAUGGAAUUAAAUUUCCUUACCACUAUCCAAUGUUUUUAAGGAAACGAUGAUAAGAAGCUACUAUUGUACUGUUUGUUUUAGUGAGCUAAAGGUAUAUUAACCAUUUGUACUCUGACCAUAAGUAGUUGUGUACGUGAUUAAAGUUCGUAACCAGUUCGUUUCUUUACACAAAUUUUAGGUGCAUCAUACUGUGAUAAAAUGUCACGCUUUCAUCUUUACUUAACUGAAGCUCAAGAGAAUGACCUACGCCGAAUCGCUCAAGCUAUUUGUGCUCCUGGUAAAGGAAUUCUAGCAGCUGACGAAAGCACAGCCACGAUGGGUAAAAGGCUUCAACAAAUCGGCGUUGAAAAUAACGAAGAAAAUCGUCGUCUGUACCGCCAGCUACUUUUUAGUGCUGACCACAAACUGGCCGAAAAUAUCUCUGGAGUAAUAUUAUUUGAAGAAACACUUCAUCAAAAGUCGGACGAUGGAAAGACUCUUCCUACUCUACUGGCCGAACGGAACAUCAUACCAGGAAUAAAGGUUGACAAAGGCGUUGUUCCACUUGCAGGCACAGAUAAUGAGACAACAACUCAGGGUCUUGAUGAUCUUGCUUCACGCUGUGCUGAAUAUUAUAAACUUGGAUGCCGCUUUGCUAAGUGGCGUUGCGUUUUGAAGAUCUCUCCACACACACCAUCAUAUCAAGCUAUGCUCGAAAAUGCCAAUGUACUUGCACGUUAUGCUUCCAUCUGUCAGCAGAAUGGUUUGGUACCAAUCGUUGAACCUGAGGUGCUUCCUGAUGGUGAUCAUGAUUUACUAACUGCUCAAAGAGUAACAGAGGAAGUUUUGGCAUUCGUGUACAAGGCUUUAGCCGAUCAUCAUGUUUAUUUGGAAGGAACGCUUUUAAAACCCAAUAUGGUCACUGCUGGACAGGCCUGCAAAAAAGCUUACACACCGCAGGAAAAUGCUCUAGCUACUGUGCGAGCCCUUCAGCGCACAGUCCCUCCAGCUGUCCCAGGUAUCACAUUUUUAUCUGGAGGUCAAUCAGAAUUGGACGCUACUAAAAAUCUGAACGAAAUCAACAAGAUUCCGGGACCAAAGCCAUGGGCACUCACUUUUAGUUUUGGUCGUGCUCUACAGGCUUCAGUUUUAGCCACAUGGAAGGGAAAGAAAGAAAAUGUUCAUGCGGCUCAGGAAGAGCUAUUGAAAUUGGCCAAAGCAAAUGGUGCUGCUGCAGUUGGCAAAUUUGAAGGAAAUAUGGGAACUGCUUUGGGAGACAAAUCAUUAUUCGUUGCUAAUCAUGCUUAUUAAACCAUUAUAUCGUCCAAAUGUUAUCUAAAUUGAAGCCCCUCAAUAUUUAGCACAACUAGUCGACAUCAUAACUAACUAACAUCUUUCUUAUGAUUUAAGAUUAAACCAACUUUCAGAUCAAUUCUGUCUUAUUCUUAUUUUUGUUCUUAAAUACCGCCAUACGUUACUUUUCUUAAUAAGAACAAUAUUUACUGUUGUACUUCAUAGUAUUAGCUGGUUUAUGAAGUCAUACUAACCAAGUAAAUAUACAUUCUCCCCAUAAAAAUGACUUUUUCCAGUUAUCAAGUGUCUAUAGGACUUGCUUGGAUACAGGAAGCCUAACUGAGACAAUUCAGAAAGAAUAGGGGGUAACUCGUGUGAUCUAGGAUUCAUGUAUUACCGGAUGAGUGUUUUGUUCUACUUCGGGCUAGUCAGCUGGAUUUAUCUGCAUCCCAGUAUUGAUGUUCAUACAAAUACUCGAACCUCAUACCUUCUAAUUCAAACGUCAACAUGUUAUCCGAUGAACUAGUGAGUUCAUCCAGCCAAUAGCUUAGAAUCACAAAAACCUAAUAAUGCUUACAUACUAUUUAAACAAGUUAUUGUCUAUCUGAACUCAAUAUCUCAGUGAAAAAACGCUUAGGCAUUUAAAGCUUAUGAUGCUGGAUUUGAGCCUCAUCAUGAAAAUUAACUCAUGAAUUCAGGUACAUCCAGCUAGAGUCUCAAACAGAACGAAAUGCUCAUCCUAGAUUCCACUCUAAGCUACUGACCAAAUAUAUAUAAGUUUUUUAGAGUGUACUAAAGGUUAUGGCAAUUGUUCAUUUCUAGCAUAACCACAUUCAAUAUUAAUGUAGUUCUCAUAGAUUUUUCAGAUGAUUCCUGCUGUUUAAAACGUGGGCUAUCCUCAGUGUUGUAUACAUCUGAAAAAAAUAUCUGUAAAAUAAUUGUUCAAAUAACGAGUGAAAUAAUGAGACUUAAGCAUCGAUAAUCCUGUGAACAAUCUAAUUAUCUUCUCGUUUAGUAAGUCAGUGGUUCAUUAUCUAGCUUAGGUCAGAUGUCUUGGGAGUUUUUCCAAGUUAGCACCUCACUAUUCACGAAAAUAUGCCAUUAUAGUUCCUUAACAAACUAUCAGACAAUUAGUUAAUCAUGAGCAGUGUACAACUUGGAACAUAUGUGCAUCGAUUAAAGUUGCCGCACUAUGUCAGCAUAGUAGGAGCAGUAGUAUUAUCAGUGUUAGUACAAAAGAUUAGACAUAGGCCGUAUGGCACGAGAAGGAAGAAUGGGUUCACGAAAUACAAAGUAUGAGAUAAUGCCAAAAAUCAUGAUAGAAAGGAAGAGGAAGAGUGAAAGUAUCUGUGCCACUUAGGUCGAUUCUUAAUUGAGUCACCCGACGUCUUCAACUAUUGGUUGUGGUAAUCGUGCUAACCAGAACUUGAUAUUCAGUACAUGUUAACACGGCUUACUUUAACAGUCAAUGAAUUCAUGAGCUGAUACUUGGUUUGAGCACUCAGCUUUCUUUCAACCACGAUCUAACCCCUCAGGAUUCGAACCCAGGACCUAUCGGUCUCCAGCGUUGAUGUGCACUGCUGUGGAUUUCCGACGACAUUUCAGUGUUUCCAGGUUUUCCAUGGCAAUCUAGCUUCGAUUGACUCAUUAAUUCAACUAUUAAAUUACUAAAAUCUCCACAAAACCUUCUGAAAAUAAUAAUUAAUAAUUCAAACUUGUAUCACUUAGUGAUUAGAAACUACAGUAACUUCAGAAAAUUCAAAAGAAUUAUGAGUAGUCUAUCUUCUUAAGUCGUCCCAUUUUGAAUGAUAAAUAACAUUUAAAGUACAAUUUAUCUCAUUUAUAUCACAUGUAUUAGUUGCCUACUACAGUUAGUGUAAACAUUACUAGUAUCACUUUACCCUUAUGAGGUCACUCAUAAAUGUACUUCAGUUAACAACAUUUUAUAGAAAUUUGCUUAAAUAAACACGU